AUGCGCUAUUUGGAAACUGAUUUUGAAGUUACUCGUCUCCACAAACGACAGAGGGAAGCCAGAACACACUUCCCGGCACCACUCGCCUCCCUACCACUCCGGGCAGGACUUCGGGGCAGACCACCUAGGAAGGACGCCGCGGCCACGCGGCGCCCCAGUCCUCGGGGGCCUCCGCGCUCACCCCGAGGGGCCCACGGUCCGGCCAGCACGCCCCACGGGGCGCCCGGAGCGGGGGGCGGAGAACCGCAGGGCACACCCGCUGCUUGUCCAACGAAGCACCAACCCGCUGAGCCCGUGAGCUACCCGCGGAGCAGCCGCGCCGGGAGGGAGCCGGGUCCCAGGACGCGCACCACCUCAGGCUGCCCGGGGCCGGCCCGGGACGCCCCUUCCCGCCACGCCGCCCCCGACCGGGCUGGAGACCGGGCCGAGUCACCGCGCCCGCCGCCCCCCGAGGCCGCCCGGAGCCCGGCAAGCAGACACCCCCCCGAACCCCAAGCACGGCUUCUUCGUCCCGGGAGCGCGAAACAGGACGCCCAGCCGCGCGACCCCGCGGACCUGCCCCUCGGAGACCCGGACCUCGCCGCACCGAACCCUCUGCCCCAAAGCGCCUGCGGCCGCGGCAAAGGCUCCCUGUCCCAGAGCCGAGGAGCCCGGAGAACCCCCCUCCAUCGUCCUCCCGCCUCAAGAACGAGGAGCCCCGCAACCCCGACACGUCGCCUCCUCCCCGCGAAGAGCCCUGGCACCCACGCCGCCCUCGGGCGCCCGCCGCCGGACCCCGCGCCGCCGCCGGGCCCCGCACGCCCGCCCCCGCCGCGCCGCGCCACGCCGCGCCGCCUCCGCCCGGAGCCCGCCUGCCCUCCUGCCCGCGACCGCUCCUCGGCCGAGGCGCGCUCCGGCGUCCUCACCUGGGCAGCGUCGGAGGGCGAGCGGACCGAGGAGCCCUGGGGAAGACGAGGCGGCGGCGGAGAGGGGCGGCCCAGGCCUGCGUCUGCCGCGGCCCCCACGGCUCCGCGAGCAAGAGCUGCGUGA